AGCACCCAGCCGCCGCACGGCCCCGGAAGCGCUUUGACAACCCCCCUCCCCCCAGUGGCGUCGCACACCGACCCGCAGCCUGUCGCGAACCUUGGACCCGUUUGGCCCUCGACGCGCCGUGGCAUCCCUGGGACCCCGGGAACUGUGAUGGGCAGUGGCAGCAAGGGGGAAAGGUUCCCAUGGCGUCGGAGCGGCGCAAGGUCAAGAACCACUGGGUCAGCUCUUCGGCUGGGGGGCCCAGCGAGCUCAGCUGCCUCCGGGAGCCCAAUCAUGUGGCGGCCACCGCCCGCCGGCCGGCCCUCCGGCCCGCGUCGCCCUCGGGAGCGCCCAGCAGCCCCAAGCGCCUGAGAGCCGGCCAGGAGGACCAUGUGGCCAGCACGCCGAGGUUGCUCCGGGGCCCAUCCGGCCGCCGAAGUACCGCCUCCCGGGCCUCCGGGCCAGGUGUGGGUGGGGCUCGCGCCAAAGGUCGCCUGAUGAAGAGCACUGGGGGCUUCCUGGGCCCUGCCAGCCCCUCUCCGGAAAACAUGGCUUCUUUCGAGGAGGAAGCUGUCAGCCCUAAGGUUUAUUCUAAGGAUAGUUACUGUAACUUCACAAACUCUGGAUUUCCAGCUGAAGCUGAGGAUAAAAAUGAUACAAAUGAGGAACCAAACAAAGUCCAGAAAAGGAGGAGGGAGCGACUUCAAGACCAAGACCAAGGCUCUACAGUGAUCUACCUGAAGGCCAUCCAGGGCAUCUUGGGGAAGUCAAUGCCCAAAAGGAAGAGCGAGACUGCCACCAGGGCAAAACCAAGUACAGGAGCAGGUGCUGCCCACGAGAGAAGGCCAGCCAGGAAUGUUACCGUUUUGGCUCGUCAGACAGAGCCAGAGCCAGCCCCAGAGGUCAGAGCACAGGAGGACCAGACCAGGAGCAGCUUCUUUAAUACGAGAGUGGUUGUGGACACUCAGGAGAAACUCAGUGAGGAGCCCCUUCAUUACCGGAGGACAGUCUUCGAGAGAGACAUUUCCCCAGACUCUUCCCCGGACUCUUCCCCAGACUCUUCCCCACUACACCUUUCGAGAGGAUGCAACUCCCCUUCAAAAACCCAGACGGAGAAAUCCAGGAAGGUGGUCAUGCUGGGGGACUCCUCGUCAGGAAGCGACUGGUCCGAUGUAGACGAGGUCUCCGCAAUCAGGUUCUCUCAGGAGGAGCCGGUCUCUCGGAAGCUCGCCACGCUUCCAGAGCCCUUGCCCUUGGCCACUGACUAUGUCAUGUACCCCCCGCAUUUGUACAGCAGCCCGUGGUGUGACUACGCCAGCUACUGGACCAGCAGCCCCAAGCCCUCCAGCUACCCCUCCCUGGGCGGCAGCAGCAAUGGCACCUCCCAGGCCGGGAAGAGCAGCUGGAGCCUCCUGAGCGAUUACUCCCCCAGCUCUACCGUGAGCUCCCAGCACACAACUAGAGACCUGGAGCCCACGGAGGAGGGCAGGUCUCAGAACACGCGUUCAUUUCACUUCUCCACGGGUUUGGAAGAUGAGGAGGUGAAGGGGAAAAAAACAUUCCAGGAGACAUUCCAGGAGGAGAGCCCAGCGCGUCCGUGUGUAGAAUACACCUCCAGCUCCCUGCCAAGUAGCCGCAGGAAGCCGAGCCUCGAAGAGGGCUUCAUUGACACCCAUUGCCACCUGGACAUGCUCUAUGCCAAGUUGUCUUUCAGAGGGACCUUUACCAAGUUCCGGAAAAUUUAUAGCAGCUCCUUCCCGAAGGAGUUUCAGGGCUGCAUCUCUGACUUCUGCGACCCUCGGACCCUCACAGACCGCCUUUGGGAGGAGCUGCUGAGAGAGGAUUUGGUUUGGGGGGCCUUUGGCUGCCACCCUCAUUUUGCACGUUACUAUAGUGAUACUCAAGAAAGAAAUCUUUUGCAAGCUUUAAGGCACCCCAAGGCUGUGGCAUUUGGGGAAAUGGGCUUGGAUUACUCUUACAAGUGUACCACACCUGUCCCUGAACAGCAUAAGGUAUUUGAGCGGCAGCUCCAGCUGGCCGUGUCUCUGAGAAAGCCUUUGGUGAUCCACUGCCGGGACGCUGAUGAAGACCUGCUGGGCAUCCUGAAGAAACGCGUGCCCCCCGACUACAAGAUCCAUAGACAUUGCUUCACUGGCAGCUACCCGGUCAUCGAGCCCCUGCUGAAGUACUUCCCCAACAUGUCUGUGGGCUUCACAGCAGUCCUGACUUACUCCUCCGCGUGGAAGGUCCGGGAGGCCCUACGACAGAUCCCGCUGGAGAAAAUCAUCGUGGAAACCGAUGCUCCCUACUUUCUCCCUCGCCAGGUUCCCAAAAGCCUUUGCCAAUAUGCCCACCCGGGCUUGGCCCUGCACACUGUACGAGAGAUUGCCAGGGUCAAAGACCAGCCACUCUCCCACACCUUGGCCACCUUACGUGAGAACACCAGUCGCCUCUACAAUCUUUAAGCAAGUGUGCAGUUAAGGAGUGGCCCCGAAAAGGUUGUAACAUGCACAUGUGGUUUUCACAGACUGGCACGCGCUCUGGCUGCUGCAUUUCCCAUGAGAGAGCGCACACUGGAGGAGCAGGCGAAGUCCGCUCUGUCGGGCCAGCUUGGUUUGGACCCUUCCUUCUUCCUUUCUCUCUUCAGGCUCCAGGGAGGCACAGGCUGGGUCUGAGCGUGGCCUCUCUCCACAUCUAGGGUGUGUUUUUUCGGAGCGUCCAUUGCAAUGGAGGGUACCAGGAUAGAACGUGUGCCUCAGAACCUCUUCCUAAGGCUUCUGCUCCCAGUGGG